CAACGACUCUGAAGGUGCCUCUGGAAUAAUUAAACCCACUUAGAAAUAAUGUCCAAUCGAGAUAAUGGUAUUCCGGAGCAAUUGACGGGUCCGUCUCGGUCUUUUGCAGAAAUCCGUCGGCUAAGUGACCCCCACCAUCCCGAUGCCCCGCUACUAACUUUCCCCACGGGGAAGAUCUUCAUCGAAUGCCGGAGUUAUAAGAGGUCGACAUCUCCAAUCGUCAAAACGGUAUUCAGUAACCUAGACACGUCUUUCGUGGACAAAUUCAGCUAUGUUUAUCGCGAGUCACCUCAGUAUACCGCUGUUGGCCGGGGUCUUUCUCGUCGCUACAGUUCUCUAUGCCUUAGUCAACGCCUUCAAGUCCCCUCUCCGUGGCUUGCCCGGGCCCUGGUAUACUCACUUCACCCACCUCAUCCUCAAAUGGCAUAUCCUGGCUGGCAAUCGUGUUCACUACAUCCACUCGUUGCACCAGCGUUACGGGCCAGUCGUGCGCGUUUCGCCAGGAGAGGUCGCUGUCAGCGAUUUGGAAGCGUUCUCAAAAAUCCACAAGAUUGGUUCUGGCUUUCUCAAGUCUGCUUGGUACGAUGGUAUAACUCCCAAUCGAGAACCAGGCAUCUUUGUUAUGAGAGAUCCUCAUCAGCAUGCUGCCCGAAGACGAUUGUUUGCUCGUGCUUUCAGUGUCAGCUCGUUGUUGACGAAUUGGGAAUCGGAAAUCAGGCAGAAGACUGAGCUUGCAGUGAGUAAGAUCAAGCGGGAUGCUCAAAGUAGCGGAGCAGAUGUGUUCAAGUGGUGGACUCUCAUGGCGACAGAUGUGAUUGCCCAUCUUUCAUUUGGAGAAUCAUUCCGAAUGCUGGAGCUGGGAAAGCAAACUCCUUAUAUUGAUGCAAUUCAGUCGGCGCUUCUAGUGAGCGGCCUUCGUGCCGAACUCUCAUGGAUUUAUCCAAUUCUUCAGUGUCUGCCUUUCCAAGGCUUGAAAAAGUUACUGAAUGCCGACAGCGUCGUCUUUGAGCAUGGCUCCAUAGCUGUCCGAAAUAUGCAGAGCGCAGGCGAUGGCCUGAGCAAGGCGAAUCUGUUCAGCCAGAUGCUUGCUGAAUCCGAUAGUCAGGAGAAGACGAAUCUCUCGACAUCAAGCGUGCAGGCAGAAGCGAGCAAUCUUAUCGUCGCUGGAUCAGACACUACGGCUGUGACCUUGACGUAUCUCAUUUGGGCCGUUCUAAAGCAACCUCAACUCCAAGCCGAAUUGGAGCGUGAGAUAUCAGAACUCAGCGAUGAGCUGACCUUUGAUGAACUCAAGAGUGCUCCGCUUCUCAACAGUGUUAUUGAAGAGACGCUUCGUCUAUAUGGUGCAGCCCCUGGGGCUCUUCCACGUGUCGUGCCUGGCAAAGGCCUUGAUGUUUGCGGUCAUUACAUCCCUCCUGGUACUGUUGUUAGCACUCAAGCAUUUACACUGCACCGCGACGAAAACAUCUUUGACGAUGCACAGAGGUUCAAUGGUUAUCGUUUCAUGGACAAAUCGACGCUGACAGCGGCACAAAAGACUGCCUUAUCUCCAUUUGGGGCUGGAUCACGAGUUUGUAUCGGUCUACACUUGGCUUGGAUGGAGUUGCGACUUGGUGCUGCGCUAUUCUUCCGUGAAUGCCGUAGUGCCACACUAAGCCCUGAGAUGACUGAUGAAAUGAUGGAGAUGGAGAAUAGGUUCUUGAUUGCGCCCAAAGGUCACAAGUGCAUUGUCAAAUUAUGAUAAUGGGAUUAUAAUAGUAGAUACUAGUCUGAUGCCUGCACGGCUUGGUGAUAAGAGCUGAAAUGAAUACUGGAGUAUGUUUAAGAU